AUGCUCUUCCCGACCGCACUCCUCGUCUCCUCCCUCACCCUCGCCACGGCCUUCAAGGUGCCCGAGGGCCAGGCCAACGGCGUCUACCGCGCCUACUACAACGCCGAGGGCAAGGAGGUGCACGAGCCCCUCACGGCCGACAUGCUCGUCAUGUCGGAGCCCGAGGGCGAGACGACCAUCCUGCAGGCCCCCACCGUGGCGCCCGUGACGCCGCGCCAGGCCGGCAACCCGCUCCUGUCCAAGCGCCGCGACAACAUCUACUGCGGCUGCGGCUUCACCCUCAACCCGGGCGACUGCGACGCCGUCGUGGACAACCUCAAGGCGCAGCUCGGCGGGCACACGUGGAUCUCGCCGCGCAUGUCGUACUACUCCAUCAUGGACCGCUCCGUCGUCGCCUUCGUCUGCAACCUGUCGGGCCGGUCCACCCUCGGCAUCUCGGCCAACGCCUACGCCGACUGGCUGGGCGUCAUCACGGACGAGUGCGGCAGGUACAUUGCCGGCUCCGAGGGCACCCCCGGGUCCUCCGCCCUGGGAUACAUGCGGGUCACUGGCGACUUCUGCGGCGACGCCCUGUCCUCGCCCUCCCACCACUGCUGA